UUUGAACUGAUCUGUUUAAAGUUACUUUAUGCAUUUCGGUGGAGCCUAGAAAUGUGCAAUACUGUGAUUUGUUCAAGUGUGUUUUAAUUCAUUUAAAUGAACUGCCAGCACACUUCAGCAGCACGUGUCUGCGUACAGUAUACAGUUCCUAUGAGUUGUAGUUUCUGUCGGAACAAUUUUCAGACGUACUGCAACAGUGUCAGAACGUCCUCGAUCUCGCCUGGCCAUUGAAGCUUCUUGAAACGCGGUGUAUUUAUGAGCAUGCUCGCUUGACUGGCUGGGAGACAUGUUGCACCCUUCAAAGCUGACUGGCCAGUUUGCCCUGGGUGCCCUCAGAAGACUUCCCAGCAGCAUCCGCAUGCGUCUGAAUAGUGGCCAUCACUACUCAAACACACUGUGGAGAGGAGAAGGACUUCAUGGCCAGAAUGUGUGUACUCCAUUAACCAGGGGACUGAAAAUACAAAGCAAUGGAAGAAGUCUUGGUAUGCCGCCUGCAACGAUUGUCAACGCUGCUCCUGCUCGUCUUCAACCAUAUCUCAGGCUGAUGAGGCUUGACAAACCGAUCGGUACUUGGCUGCUGUAUCUUCCAUGUACGUGGAGCAUUGCUCUGGCUGCAGAUCCAGGCUGUCUCCCUGAUGUAGGGAUGCUCACCUUGUUUGGGACGGGUGCUCUGUUGAUGAGAGGAGCGGGUUGCACCAUCAAUGAUAUGUGGGAUAAAGAGUUUGACAAGAAGGUUUCCAGGACAGCAAAUCGACCAAUUGCGGCUGGUGAGGUUUCUCGGAUGCAGGCUUUCGUUUUCCUGGGAGGACAGCUCUCACUUGCACUUGGGGUGCUUCUUUGUCUCAACUUCUACAGCAUCGCUCUGGGUGCCACUUCUUUGUCUCUGGUGAUCACCUACCCGCUUAUAAAGAGAAUCAGUUAUUGGCCCCAGCUGAUGCUUGGUCUCACAUUCAACUGGGGAGCAAUGCUGGGGUGGGCUGCUGUCAGAGGCUCCUGUGAUUGGUCCGUUUGUCUUCCAUUGUACAUUUCAGGGGUGAUGUGGACACUGAUAUACGACACCAUAUACGCCCACCAGGAUAAGGAUGAUGACAUCAAAAUAGGAGUGAAAUCUACUGCUCUGAGGUUCCAGGAGCAAACCAAACCUUGGCUUUGUGGCUUCUCUGUGGCAAUGAUGUCUGGUCUGGUUGUUGCUGGCAUCAAUGCUGAUCAGACUCUACCUUACUAUGCUGUUAUCUCCACUGUCGCUCUUCAUCUUGCACAUCAGAUUUACACAGUGGACAUCGACAAGCCAGAAGACUGCUGGAAAAAAUUUGUCUCGAACAGAAAUCUUGGGUUGUUGAUCUUUUUAGGCAUAGUGGCAGGAAAUUUGUGGAAAGACAGUGAUGAGGUUCUGCUACAGAAUGGAGAAGGUCUUAAAAAUACAAUAGAAACAUAAAGAGCAUUGCUUUUGCACAUUAAAUUUGAAAUUAAAGGACCUGUUUACUUGUGAAGCACUCUUUGGCAACACAUGAAAAGUUUGGAAUUCCAAAACUUGAAAGAAUGAAAGCUAAAUAAUGUGCACCAUAAUAUUACAUUGGCUCAUUGAAGUUUUUUUUCCCUGAUUUCAUAUUAGAAAUGCAGCACUGUACAAAGGUGUGUAAAUGGCUCAAUACUUUAAUGUUUAGCACUAUCACGUCAGUAUGUGCCUUUGAGGACCCCGAAACCGAAACCGAAUUCAGUCUUGAAACAGUGGUGUAUGCAACUUGUUGAUAAACACUUGAGGAAACUGACCCAAUUUUUACACCCAAUAACACAUCCAGGGAAGCUUGAAAUGUUUUAUUUAGAGUGGAACCAAAAUACAUGAGCACACUGUUGAUGUACAAAGACACGUGCAGUAAUUACUAGUCAUGAACAACUGUCUGUUUUCAUCACAAACAUAUGAACAUCUCACUCUCCUCUAACACAUUGCAAAUUCCUUACAGGACAAAUUGUAAGACCAUUACAUAACAUGGCUUCAUUCUCGUUACAUUACUUACAAUUCAGCCAGUGUUUCUUCAAACUUAGGUUUCUCAGAGAGUGAAUAAGAGAAGGGAGAAGAACAGUUCGCAUCAUUCCUGCCCCUCAAUACCACUUUUCUAGAAUUUUCUAGUUCAUGAUUUUAUCAUGAAAGACCAGAAAAGAAAAUCCCUUCUUUACACUCUGACAUGACCAACAGCAGAUCUCUCCAGAAGUCACAUGCGAUAUCACCUCAGAGUUUUUCUUGGACCGAAGAUCUGUUUCACCAACUGCUGCAUCCAGUUGGUGAAAUAAAGAGAAAAAAAUCAUGAGGAGUGAAUACUUAAAAAUGAUGAACUGCUGCUACUCUUCAUCACAGAUCACUGCAUCAACCGUCCUCACCUGGGCCAACCUGCCUGCACUUUCCUAUUCACCUCUUUUAAUCUGUCCAUCACUCUCUAUGACUGUUUUCUAAAUCCUCAACUCAUUUGUUUUCACUUCUUCUGCUCUCUCACCAUCUCCAGUCCUCCUGCCUCUCUCUCUCUCUGGUGUACACACUUUUAGUGUUCUGCAUCUGCGGAGCUUCAUUCCUCUCCUUUCCAGCUCGUACUUCCACAGCGUCUCCUCUCACCACGUCAUUCUUGGUGUAAUCUUAGGAUCCACUUGAAACCUUCCCUAACUCCUGCUGCAUACCUCACCACUUUCUGUCCUUGAACUACGAAGACCAGUGUAAUUCCUGACCUUCUGUGUACCAUAAACAUGCACAGUGUAAACACCACAGGCCAAUGUUCUAGACAGGUCAUGAGGUGGUAAAAACCAUGGAAGCAUCUGUUGAAGCAGUUUUGAAAAUUAAUUAGAACAUUUUAUGAUAAUACUUUCAUUUACAGCUUACUUAUUUCUUCUUUCAGUAAAAUAGAUUAUUUUUAUUUUAUGAAUUUCAGACAUGGUUUUAUUAUAUUUAUUUUAUUCAGAAUUUUAUUCAACUUUUCCAAUUUUCUCAGCAGUUUUCAUCUUGUGUAUUUAUUUUUCUUUUUUUCUUUAGUGAAUUUCAUGUACAUGGCUUGCACCUGGUUCUGCUGCUGGUUGGACUUUUCUUUGACAAAUAUCUUUGCAAUGAUCACAUGGUUUCAUGUCAUUUCGCAAGGUUUUGGUUUGUUUACAUGUAAGUAGAUUAAAUAUGGUUAUUGAUCACAAAUGAAAUCAAGAGUAAUGACUCAGUUCUAUUACUUGAAUGGGCCCCAGGCCAAUUUCUUCUGGGAGAAGUGGGCGUCAAGAUCAAAAAAGGUUAAGAACCUGAAUCCUGAACUAGAUCGUGUAUAACUAAACACACGCACCAAAACAAAUGGCUAACCUUAAUCUUGCUAAAAUCAUAUGAUAAUAACCUAGUUCUGUUAAAGAAACUCAUUAUGCUUAACUGGCACUAGAUGAAAAUUAUGGUUACUCAUGUAACCCAGGUUCUAUGAAUAUGUGCAUAGCCCUCUAACGGCCUUCGCUAUUGGUUAAUCCUCAUCGAGGCACUGGCCUCAGCCUGAGACUUCGAUUGAUUGGCUCUCCACCCAGGAAGGCAUCACCCACCAGGGCUCUGCCAGAGGGAAGAGGAACAAACAGUCCAUGUCCAGGAUGAGAAGCGUCGGCUCUGAUCCGACCUGCACGUCUCUGGGUCCUGGAGACAUACAGGUCCUGAAGAGGUGGCAGGCUGCAACCGAUCACCUGCUCAGCAGAACGUACAAUGCGCUGUGUCCCAGGAGGUGGCGCUGUUGUACCAAACAGUGAUGGAGGAGGUGAGGAUGGACUGGAUGAUGGCUGUGUAGAACUCCACCAGCAACCUUGUCGGCAGUCAUAGUUUUCGUAGCUGCCUAAUGAGGGACCUGAUGGUUGGCUGUCAUUUGAGGUCCUCAGUGAUGGUGGUUCCUAGGAAGCAGAAGGAGUCUCCAAUAGGAAUGGUGCCCCGCCAAAAUGGCAGCCGCGAACACAUUCAGUGUGGAUGCCGCCUGGCCUUUGUCCAGGACUGUCGGGGGCCACGUCAACUUCUGCGUCCUUACGCGUAGAAGGACCAGCAUUAACAGUCUCAGCGGAGAAAAGGCAUACAGAAGCCCUGUCAAAGGAAAACUACAAAGCCCUACAGAGGGGCUUUGUAGUUCUCCUUUGACGCAAACAAGUCCGCGACCAGAACCCCGAAGCAAGCCCAAACCGUCUCUACCACGUGUGGCGCGAGACCCCACUCUUACACCAACAUGCCUCCUCUGGACAUUCUGUCCACAUCCAUGUUCAGCACACCUGGAACAUGACGCGCUCUCAGAGACAAAAGAUCAGAAGACGCCCACAUCAGAAUGCGAGCCGCCACUCUGUACAAAGAGGGAGCUCUCACUCCCCCCCGGCGAUUGAUGUACGCAACCGUCGUGGAGUUGUCCGACCUGACCAUCAAGCGAUGGCCCUCCAACCGUGGCGCAAAGUGAUUCAGCACGUUCAUUUUUUCGUGAAUACGUGCACAUAUCGCUAGACGCAGCCCAUAUGGACACCCUCGUGCAGACGACUGCUGGAGGCCCAGAAAAUCAGGUCUAGUCGAACCUGGGCCAGAAGGGCCACCCACUUCGAUCUGUCUCUGACUGGGUCGAGCCUGUGACGUGCAAACCAACGUUGAAGACGUCUCAUGUGCAACAGACCCAGCUUGACCACCGAAUGCGCUGCCGACAUGAGACCUAACAAGGUCAUCACCUCGCUCACUCUAAAUUCGAAAUUUCGACAACCUCUCGUCUGACAGACACACAGUCGUGGACCGAGAGUCGAGGAGAAUCCCCAGAUAUUGAGUGCAAGUGCACCCAGGUCGUCGUCCUCGAAAAUCUUCAGGUGGACCUCUUCCUCGUAAAAACGACGCUCAUCCUCCUGAAUGACGUCCGCCCAAACCAGUUUCGCUGGAGCUCGUUUGGGAGUGGGUUGAGGCGGCUGGGUCACUGGAAGAGAGGCCGACUCCUGGUCGACUCCCUUCCAGCGUGCUAGGCCCGUCCGCCUGCGGCGCUCUCCUCCUGGAGGAGGCACACAGGCGGGACAGGAGUCUAGCAGUCUCAGGUGAUCCGGGCCCAAACAGACGACACAGGCGUCAUUCUUGUCGAACUCACCAAGAGAUUCAGCACAAGACGAACAGGAACGCUCCAUAUUAACCCGAUGGUUGUAGUUGCAGGCUGAGUGGUAAAAGGAGCAGAGCGGCGGGGGCAGGGGAGAGUUAUACGUGGUGGGUGGUGCCUUCCUGGUUGGAGAGCCAUUCAAUCGAAGUGUCAGGCCGAGGCCAGUGCCUCGAUGUGGAUUAACCAAUAGCGAAGGCCGGAGCACAUAUGAAAUAGAACUGAAACCAGAGUUAAACGACACAAAUACAAAGUUUGACAACUGUACUGGAGCACUAUAAUCAUUUAUAUUAACAUUUAGCCGUGCAAUUUACCUGUUCCAAAGUAGGUCCGCUGGUUUGUCUGUCCCUGGGGUUCUUGAUGACGCUGGCAGCGCUUCAGUAGCCAAUGACAAUGCCUGUUUAAAAAUUAGCUGCCCGUGCGUGCACGCACAUGCAUGCACAGCACAUUAAGUUUAAUUUAUUUUAACAAAAAUGUGGCGUAUUCACUGAAAUGGAUGAAUGAAUUUAAAUCAAUAAAAUUCAUCUACAUAUUAUGAGUCUGCACGUUUUUUUCUGUGAAUUUGUAAUUGAAACAGCAGAGCACACUCAUGAACGGAAGAGUGAAUAAGAAUCAAAAAUCAAAGUCAAACUGGCAAAAUUAGUUACUCGUCUGGCUG